GUGAAAUGAAAGUAUGGAUAUAUAGAUACAUCUUUUAGUAACCAGGUUUCCAGGUCGGGGAAUCUUUGUAAUAUGUGACGGUUGAGUAGGAAUUCCUGAGUAACAGUCCAUUGGAUGCUGCUAUGAAGAAUGGUUAGGUUAAUAUUUUGUUGUUGUUUCCUUUAAACCGUAAAUCUGCGUGAGUGGUAGGUGUUGGUUUUGUUGCCUUUUUUGGGAUAGCUACUUGUGACUGGUGAUCUCCUAGUGGCCAAAUUCCACUGACUCUACGUUUGUUACUCCUUCCUUCCACGGUCUCGGUUUCCUGCCUCUCAGCUCGUUCUGCCUUAGUGACCUUUGCUGGCCGCUGUCUCAACCUGCUUUCUAAACAGUGCUCCUGUCUGGGUGCCUUGCCCUACCGCUGCUCAUCACCACCUGGACACCACGGCUACAGCCGCACUGAAACCGUCCUCAUUCCCCCAGCAGUAAUGUUCAGAAAGCAGGUUCCUGUCUGUGCGGUGCCUUGCCAGGAUAAAUUAAUAUAUAUUGUUUUAGGUAUUCCUAAAGAAAGGAAGAGAAGGAGACUGAAUCGGGAUGAUAACAAAAAGUUCUAGAGAUCUAGCUGAAAAUGUGUGUCUGACAUGCAAGCUCAGUGGGGCAGAGACCCGUGGAUUGCUGUGCCCUGCCCUCCGGACCCGGAUCAUGAAGGUGUUGGGAAGAAGCUUCUUCUGGGUGCUGUUUCCCGUCCUUCCCUGGGCGGUGCAGGCUGUGGAGCACGAGGAGGUGGCGCAGCGUGUGAUCAAACUGCACCGCGGGCGAGGGGUGGCCACCAUGCAGAGCCGGCAGUGGGUCCGGGACAGCUGCAGGAAGCUCUCAGGGCUUCUCCGUCAGAAGAAUGCAGUUCUGAACAAACUGAAAAAUGCAAUUGGAGCAGUGGAGAAAGACGUGGGCCUGUCGGAUGAAGAGAAACUGUUUCAGGUGCACACGUUUGAAAUUUUCCAGAAAGAGCUGAAUGAAAGUGAAAAUUCCGUUUUCCAAGCUGUCUACGGACUGCAGAGAGCCCUGCAGGGGGAUUACAAAGAUGUCGUGAACAUGAAGGAGAGCAGCCGGCAGCGCCUGGAGGCCCUGAGAGAGGCUGCAAUAAAGGAAGAAACAGAGUAUAUGGAACUUCUGGCAGCAGAAAAACAUCAAGCUGAAGCCCUUAAAAAUAUGCAACAUCAAAACCAAAGUUUAUCCAUGCUUGACGAGAUUCUUGAAGACGUAAGAAAGGCAGCGGAUCGUCUGGAGGAAGAGAUAGAGGAACAUGCUUUUGACGACAAUAAAUCAGUCAAGGGGGUCAAUUUUGAGGCAGUUCUGAGGGUGGAGGAAGAAGAGGCCAAUUCUAAGCAAAAUAUAACAAAACGAGAAGUGGAGGACGACUUGGGUCUUAGCAUGCUGAUUGACUCCCAGAACAACCAGUAUAUUUUGACCAAGCCCAGAGAUUCAACCAUCCCACGUGCAGAUCACCACUUUAUAAAGGACAUUGUUACCAUAGGAAUGCUGUCCUUGCCUUGUGGCUGGCUAUGUACAGCCAUAGGAUUGCCUACAAUGUUUGGUUAUAUUAUUUGUGGUGUACUUCUGGGACCUUCAGGACUAAAUAGUAUUAAGUCUAUUGUGCAAGUGGAGACAUUAGGAGAAUUCGGGGUGUUUUUUACUCUUUUUCUUGUUGGCUUAGAAUUUUCUCCAGAAAAGCUAAGAAAGGUGUGGAAGAUUUCCUUACAAGGGCCGUGUUACAUGACACUGUUAAUGAUUGCAUUUGGCUUGCUGUGGGGGCAUCUCUUGCGGAUCAAACCCACGCAGAGCGUCUUCAUUUCCACGUGUCUGUCCUUGUCAAGCACACCCCUCGUGUCCAGGUUCCUCAUGGGCAGUGCUCGGGGUGACAAAGAAGGCGACAUUGACUACAGCACCGUGCUCCUCGGCAUGCUGGUGACACAGGACGUGCAGCUCGGGCUCUUCAUGGCCGUCAUGCCGACUCUCAUACAGGCGGGCGCCAGUGCAUCUUCUAGCAUUGUCGUGGAAGUUCUCCGAAUCCUGGUUUUGAUUGGUCAGAUUCUUUUUUCACUCGCGGCGGUUUUUCUUUUAUGUCUUGUUAUAAAGAAGUAUCUCAUUGGACCCUAUUAUCGGAAGCUGCACAUGGAAAGCAAGGGGAACAAAGAAAUCCUGAUCUUGGGAAUAUCUGCCUUUAUCUUCUUAAUGUUAACGGUCACGGAGCUGCUGGACGUCUCCAUGGAGCUGGGCUGUUUCCUGGCCGGAGCACUCGUCUCCUCUCAGGGCCCCGUGGUCACCGAGGAGAUCGCCACCUCCAUCGAACCCAUCCGCGACUUCCUGGCCAUCGUUUUCUUCGCCUCCAUAGGGCUCCACGUGUUCCCCACGUUUGUGGCGUAUGAGCUCACGGUGCUGGUGUUCCUCACCUUGUCAGUGGUGGUGAUGAAGUUUCUCCUGGCGGCGCUGGUCCUGUCUCUCAUUCUGCCGAGGAGCAGCCAGUACAUCAAGUGGAUCGUCUCUGCGGGGCUUGCCCAGGUCAGCGAGUUUUCCUUUGUCCUGGGGAGCCGGGCGCGAAGAGCGGGCGUCAUCUCUCGGGAGGUGUACCUCCUUAUACUGAGUGUGACCACGCUCAGCCUCUUGCUCGCCCCGGUGCUGUGGAGAGCUGCAAUCACGAGGCCUCACCCCCCAACGCUUGCACUGCACAUCGAGGGGACAGAAGCAUUUGAACCGUAGCAGGAAACCAACUUGAUGAGAGUAACAUCAAACUCCCCGCAAAACACGAAAUUAGCCUCUCUCUGCAAGAUGAAAUAAGAAGUGCCCUGAAUGACAAGAGAAAGCAUGCUAGGGUCUCUGCCUAACUGAGCACUCAGGUAAGACCCUAACUGCCCAGGAACGGUGUCCUCAAAGCCCCAGCUGGGCCCACCUGCCCCACUCCAGCCACAGGACCUGGCUCUGUGAACCUGUCACUCCCGUUUUCACCCCCACCUCUCUGCUAGUGACUUCCUCAUCUGUGACCUGCCCGUUUGUCCCAUGCUGACCCAGCAGAACCCUUUCUUGACCUCAUGACUCCUCUUUCAUCCAGACCUUCCAGAAAGCUGCACCCUCCCCAUCCCAUCCCCAUCAUGUCUGCCCCUGUCAUCCAGACGGGGGUCUCCGAGCCACACGAGCCCCUGGUAGCCACAUUGCCCCCACCCUGCUCUCAGCAUUUCCCCAGUGUGUAGCAUGUCACUAGAAAGAAGUGGGAGGACGGACUCAUGGUGAGUCUUGUGGGGACAUGUUUGCUGGAGGCUAACCAGCCUGAUCAUGACAUCUUCAUCUUAAAUUUGAAAAUUGUCGUCAGGUUAUGGUGAAAUCCUACCGGAUCAACAUCUGAGACCAGGCUUAUGGAACUGAGCUUCCAACCUGGAUGCUUGAGGCUGCAGGGGGUAUUGGCGGCCUCGAUAACAACCUGAACAACAGCUGGCAGCAGGGAGUGCCUGGGCCAUGUGUCCCCAGAGCACUGACCUGGGUGGUCCAGUCUCCUGUCUCGAGCUCCAGCCAUGAGCUUACACAGCCUUCACACUCCCCCCAAAACCAGCCAUUCUCAACCAGCGAGGCCUCUGUGUCUGCAAGGCCAGUUUUAUUUCUUCUUUGAUAUUUCUGCUUCUGUGUCCUUUCCCCGCUGCCAAAAGCUGCCUCCCGUCUGCCCAUGCAGAGCUGUAUUACCCAACAACACCCAGCUCAACUCGGACAGGCCCUGGGAAAGUAAGAGCUUGGGGGGAGACCCACGGGCCCACAUGGCAGCACUGUGAGGCUAGACCGUAAACAUGGGUCAAUUGAAUAUUUAUAAACAGGAUACUUAAAAGUUCUUGGGAUAUUGAACAAUGAAAGAAAUUGUACUAUUUGAAAAUUCUAUUUCAUAUGAAAAUAUAAAAUUUCAGCAUAUCAGAAAGCAUCGUGAACAAAUUUGAAAGCCAAGCAAAACUGGGGAAAAUAUUUGGAUAAAAAAUCCUAACACUGGCACAUAAUACAUAAUAGGCAGUUCAUAUGUAUUUUUUGAAUGAAUGAAACUUACAAUACUUUUAUUAAUGUCGGGGAACUUAUAAAAACUGCAUGGAGAUAUUUUAAAGAAAAAAUUUUGAAAUCCAUUUUGGUUUUCUUUAUAAUUCCUUCAGUUCAGCCCAUUCCUGUAACCACGUGCUCAUCCCCACAGGACUAGGCAGUGCCCACCCUUGGUGCCCUGCAGUGCACCGCAAGGACGUGGCCAUGGCCUGGAGCCGCGUCCCUGAGUUCCUGGUGGGCCGCGUGAGUCUCCCUGUUCCUCCCUGCUGCCUUCUCCUCUCCUGGCUUCCCCACCCCAUACUUCCCUGAUGAUAUGGUUUGGCUGUGUCCCCACCCAAAUCUCAUUUUGAAUUGUAAUCGUCAUGGGUUGACCGAAGGAGGUGAUUGGAUCAUGGGGGCAGAUGUCCCCCAGGCUGUUCUCAUGAUAGUGAGUUCUCACAAGGUCUGACGGUUUUAAAAGUGGCAGUUGUUCUUGCGCUCUCACUUCUCCAUCCUGCUGCCUUGUGAAUAAGGAUGUGUCUGCUUCCCCUUCUGCCAUGAUUGUAAGUUUCCUGAGGUCUCCCCAGCCAUGGAGAACUGCAAGUCAAUUAAACCUGUUUCCUUUAUAAAUUACCCAGUCUUGGGGAAGGCGUGAGAACAGACAAACAUGCCUGAGUCCCCGAGUCUGUGAUGCUCCUCAUUCUUCAGCACGGCCUGUGCCCUGGACGGGGCGCUCCUCCAGUGCAGAGCUCACACCAUGACUGUGGUGUCCUUCAAAUAACACUGCUGCUGCCAGCUUCCCAGGGACUCUUCUCCUGUGUGAUUCCAGUGCCUUGCCUAUGUCCCUGCUAAUCUUCUGGAGUUUAGGGGUCCGUGCGAAGCCCACCCCACCUGAGUCCUUUCAUCCUGGGUGCCUUCACCUCCGUCCAGGACUCUGGGGUUGCAGCCACACAUGCUCAUGUCACCGUGAGGCCCAGCCCUCCAGGGCCUGAGAUGUACAGAUGCUAUCCCCCUGAGCACCCAGUGUUUCCCCUUCCUCCCUGUCUGCCUUUUGCUCAAUCUCUCAGCGCCCUCAGGAAGCCCUUUCACAGCUCAGCAGGGAAACCUCUGGGCUCCUCCCCGUCCAGCAAGUCACCUGGAAGCUCUCAGGCUGGCCAUGGAAAGCUGAACCCACUGCCAGGGGACUGGACAGAGAGGCUGGUCUCAUUUUCCAAUCCCUUCCAGAAGGAAGGAGGAUGCUUCUCCUGAGAGCAGCGACGGGUUUGUGUCCUGUGGCCUCUGCCUUCCCUCGCCCGGGGAAGGGUGAUGGGGCGUCUUUUUGGCUUUGGUUUAAGUAGCAAAAGAGAUGGAGUGUCCGAAGGAUUGGGGGGUCGGCCGAGGGUGGGGCUCCUCAGUGAGGGGCGGGUCCUCUGGGCGGCAUGAGGGCCUGGGGAGAGGACCCUGACCCACUGCCAGGGAGCUGUGCCAGAGGUUCCCAUGGGACAUGGAAGGGGAACCGACAUCCGUUUCUGCACUGGGGUGUGGACACCUGGCCCCACACCACCUAGGUUCCCCCACAAGGGCCUGAAGACUGGAGGUUCUCUCCAGAAUGUUCUGGUUUGAUUCUGAGAGCAGGAGAGACACCCAUAAAAGUGAUUGAGGUUAAAUUUCUGGCCAGGUAGAUGGGAACUCACAGCCAAAAUUUAAUUAAGGAGAAUAAACAACUGUGCCACGCCACGCAUCCAAGUCCGGCAGGGCAAAUCCACACCCGCUACUCACUGAGCUUCCCCUGGGCCGGAAUGCUCCCCCUACAUUUGCAAGAACAAAGCCUCCUUCCUGUAGAAAAGAAAACAAAAGUAAAAUAAAAAAGAACAAAGCCA